UGUUUGUUUUUCUAAGGAAAAUUCGUUGUUUCUCGGGAAAAUUGACGAAGCUUUGGAUUCAAUUCCAGAAUUUCAAAAAUCAGAAAAUUCUUUAGGGUUUCGUUUUGAUUUGUGUUUUCAAUGGUGGUAGCAACGACCAUAGCGCUUUACGCGAGUCCAGCGAGCACUGUAUGUUCCACAGCUCACCAGAUCAACGCUCAUAUCUCUUGUGAUCUCGAUCUGAACUCUAGAUCUUCAUCGGCGUCUUCUUCCACGAGUUCUCCGACUAUAGGAGGUCUCUCUUUGCUUUUCUCCGGCGCUUCCGUGAAAUCAUCGUCGUCUUCUUCCUCAUCGCAUCCAACGGUAGGAGAGGAAUUAGCUUCGAUACGUCAUGAUCGAAGCGAGGAUCGGACUUUAAGCGGAUCCUUCUGUUAUUCUCCGAGCAAAUUCAUCGGUUCUUCAUAUCUUAAACGAGAUCACCAAAGCCCUGUCUCGGUGCUUCAUGGUCCAAUUUCAUCUGGUAACAGUCCUCCGAUGAGGAUUUCACGCGAUCGGAACUUAGAUGGUGGAUCUUCUCUUCGUGUAGGAUCUAGCAGGUUGUUCAAUGGUUUCGUCAGGAAAGCGAUAGGUUCUUGUGUUGAUUACGAUACAGACUCUGUUCUCGUUGAUGAGCAGCUACCGUUUACCAUGGACGAUGGUUUCGAAGGAGAAAGAAGACAACCAUAUGCUAGGGAUUUGCUUAGGCGUGCUCAAUUGAAACAUAAAAUCUUCGAAGAUGAAUCUGUGAUCAAAGCAUUUUACGAAGCUGAGAAAGCUCAUAGAGGACAGAUGAGAGCAAAUGGUGAUCCUUACCUGCAACAUUGUGUUGAGACUGCGAUGUUGUUAGCUGACAUCGGAGCUAAUUCGACUGUUGUUGUAGCUGGAAUUUUACAUGAUACUUUAGACGAUUCGUUUAUGAGCUAUGAUUAUAUUCUCAGAACUUUUGGAUCAGGAGUUGCUGAUCUUGUGGAAGGGGUGUCUAAGCUUAGCCAAUUAAGUAAACUUGCUCGGGAAAACAAUACGGCUUGUAAAACCGUUGAGGCAGAUCGUUUGCACACUAUGUUUCUUGCAAUGGCAGACGCGAGAGCUGUUCUUAUAAAGUUAGCUGAUCGGUUACACAACAUGAUGACUCUCUAUGCUUUACCACCAGUGAAGCAGCAAAGGUUUGCUAAAGAGACUCUGGAGAUAUUUGCGCCUUUGGCUAAUCGUUUGGGAAUCUCUAGCUGGAAAGUUGAGCUUGAAAAUAUGUGUUUCAAGCAUCUCUAUCCUGAUCAGCACCAUGAGAUGUCUGAUAUGCUUGAGGAUUCAUUCAAUGAAGCUAUGAUUACUUCCGCGAUUGGGAAAUUGGAGCAAGCGCUUAAGAAAGAAAGCAUUCCGUACCAUGUUCUAUCUGGACGACACAAGAGCUUGUAUAGUAUCUACUGCAAGAUGUUGAAGAAAAAGCUAACCAUGGAUGAAAUCCAUGAUAUUCAUGGCUUACGUUUGAUUGUUGACAAUGAGAAAGAUUGUUACAAGGCCUUAGGAGUAGUUCACAAGCUAUGGUCUGAAGUUCCUGGAAAGCUGAAAGAUUACAUUUCUCAUCCCAAGUUCAACGGGUACCAAUCUUUGCAUACUGUAGUAAUGGGUGAUGGAACUAUUCCGCUUGAAGUUCAAAUACGAACAAAGGAGAUGCAUUUGCAAGCUGAAUUUGGGUUUGCAGCUCACUGGAGAUACAAGGAAGGUGACUGCAAGCAUUCAUCAUUUGUGCUUCAGAUGGUUGAAUGGGCAAGAUGGGUCGUGACCUGGCAUUUCGAAACAAUGAGCAAAGAUAGAUCCUCGAUCUGCUCUUCCGAGCCUUUGUGCAGUUUCCCGUCUCACGCUGAAGACUGUCCGUUUUCAUAUAAGCCUAAUGGUAACCAAGAAGGACCAGUCUAUGUCAUUGUAAUCGAAAAUGAGAAGAUGACUGUGCAAGAGUUUCCCGCGAAUUCCACAGUCUCGGACCUGUUAAGCAGAGCAGGACCAGGGAGCUCGAGAUGGUCAAUGUACAGCAUCCCGGCAAAGGAAGAGCUAAGGCCAAGACUAAACCAGACACCUGUAAGUGAUCUGAAAUGCAAGCUGAAGAUGGGAGAUGUGGUGGAGCUGACUCCAGCCAUACCUGACAAGUCUCUGACUGAAUACAGAGAAGAGAUUCAACGAAUGUAUGAUCGAGGGCUUGCGUUUUCACGCCCUCACCGUGCAGCUGCUGGUACCAUGGUUGGCUGGGGAAGCUAACAGAUUCUCUUUGUUCAUGUAUAUAUACUAUAGUUGCAUAUAUAGUAAUGCUUCAGAAGAUUUGUUGUACCUUUGGUAUUGUUGAUUCCCACACAACAGUGUAUAUAUAUGCUCAUAUGCUCUACAAAAACUGACUCUGGUCAAUAAUAUUUGAUUCUCUUA